GUUGAGUCUGUCCGGAAGGCUCAGCCAUCAGCGUCCUUCUCCAAGCUGUGUUCAGGGGACUAAUUCACACACUGGACACAGACUACGAGCUCUGUGGCGCCUUGUCACCAUUCUUGGGGAAUGCACGGUGACCGGUACCUGAGUGACAGAGAGUCAUGUGGAAACGAUCGCUGCUACCACUCUGCUGAUACCCAGGGGCAAGAGAUGCAAGAAGAACAGCUCAGCCAGGAUGUACAGAACAGUGCUGCUGCCUCUCGGCUACUGUACUACAGGGUGAAUCCCGACACCAGGCCAAGUGGAUACGUGGGGCUGCGUAACCAGGGUUCCACCUGCUACUUAAACAGCCUGCUGCAGUGUCUCUUCUUCACCCCAGAGCUCAGAGACGCCAUCCUCAGGCCUGAUCCUGUCGAUGGCUCCAGCAUCGUGUGCCCGCUGAAAACGCUGUUUGAACAAAUGAAGUGGGGAAGCUCAGCACCUUCCACCGAAGGGAUUACGCGCUGCCUUGGGGUGAGCAAUGUGCACCAGCAGCAGGAUGUGGCAGAAUAUUUCCGGAUUCUGAUGAAUAAAAUCAUUGAGGACAAACGGGAUAUUCAGCAGGCAACAAAAGAUGGAAGCAACUUGGAAGUUGCUGGGGAAAUGAAUGAAAAGAUGAAGGAUAAGGCUUUGGAUGAUGUACAGAAAGUAAAUUACUUUACUGGGGAUGAGCAGUUGUACUGUGAAAAGUGUCAAAGGAAGCAAGAUGCCACGUCGCACUACGACUUCGAAACUCUACCCCCGAUUCUUGUUCUCAAUUUGAAGAGAUAUUGGUUUGGUGAAGCUGGGUUCAGAAAGCUGCACUGCAAUGUGUCUGUGCCUUUUUCACUGACAGUGGAGUCGAAAACGUAUAUCAUACACUAUGAGCUCUUUGCCAUGUGUCACCAUCAUGGAGGAAUUUACGGUGGCCAUUAUGUGGCUGAGAUAAAGUCAUAUGAAGACAACUGCUGGUACGAGUUCAAUGACACCAGGGUGUAUAAGGUGUCAGGAGACCAGAAUACAAUGGAUAAAAAGAACAGUUCCACAGCGUAUCUCUUAAUGUACCACAUGGCAAAGUCCGUCCGUAAGCCAAGUAAGUGA